ACCCGAAACCAUUGAGGAAGUUAGCACUAAUCAUGGCUAAUGAAGGCCACCUUAAAACUUGGGUUUCGGACAAGCUGAUAUCACUUAUGGGAUACUCCAAGAGUGUGGUGGUUCAAUAUGUUAUCCGACUAUCCAAAGAGUCUUCUUCACCUACUGACCUUGUGGAUAAGCUUGUGGACUUUGGCCUGUCCUCAUCCAAUGAUACUCUUUUAUUUGCUAAAGAAAUAUUUGCAAGAGUUCCUCACAAACAAUCUGGUUUAAGUAAUUACCUCAAAGAGGAAAGAGAAGCCGCCCAAUUAGCAAAAAAGCAGAGGAGUUACAAGCUACUGGAUGCUGAUGAUGAGGAUGAUAGAGAUGGCCAAGUUUCGAUGAGAGAUUCUUCACAUGCAUCAAAAAAAGGAGGUGAUCUUAAAAAACGUUUCAGAAAGAAUCAUAGAUCUCAUGGAAGUGAUGAUGAUGAGGAUAUUGAUUUGGAUAAUGCAAGGCAUGUUCGUAGUCAUUUAUCUCCUGAAAAUAAUGAACUUGAGUCAGAGGAAGCUAUGAUCCGAGAUCAAGAAGAACGUUUGCAGUUGGAAAGGAAUAUGAGAGAAAGAGAUGCGGCUAGAACACACAAGGUUACAGAACAAAAACUAACAAAGAAACAGGAAGAGGAGAUGAUGCAAAGAGUUAAAGCGCUUGAAGAGAAUGAUAUAUCCAAUCUAAGAAAUGUUUCAAGGCAAGUAUACCUGCAGAAAAGGAAGGAUCAGAAACUUCUUGAAAUAAGGGAUGAUAUAAUUGAUCAUGAGUAUAUCUUUGAAGGUGUUAAGUUGACAGAUGCUGAGGAGCGUGAACUGAGUUACAAGAAAAAGAUUUAUGAACUGGCAAAGCAGCACUUGGAUGAUGCUGAUAAAAUUGAGGAGUAUAGGUUACCAGAUGCGUAUGAUCAAGAGGGUGGUAUAAAUCAGGAGAAAAGGUUUGCUGUAGCUAUGCAAAGAUAUAGGGACUCUGGUUCUUCUGAUAAGAUGAACCCAUUUGCAGAGCAGGAGGCAUGGGAGGAGCAUCAAAUUGGGAAGGCUACUUUAAGAUAUGGCUCAAAGAAUAAAAAGCUAUCAUCAGAUGAUUACCAAUAUGUGUUUGAAGAUGGGAUUGAUUUCAUCAAGGCAUCGGUCUUGGAUGGAACUCAGUUUGAAGAAGACAUGGCUGAGCAAUCGAAAGCUUCAGCAGCAAAAACCAUGUCACAAAAAUUGCAGGAAGAAAGGAAAUGUUUGCCCAUAUAUCCUUAUAAAGAGGAGUUUCUGAAGGCUAUCAAUGACCAUCAGAUACUUGUUAUUGUUGGAGAAACUGGCUCCGGAAAGACUACACAGUUGCCACAAUAUCUUCAUGAAGCUGGGUAUACGAAGGAUGGGAAGAAGGUUGGAUGCACCCAACCACGUCGUGUGGCUGCAAUGAGUGUUGCAGCACGUGUGUCACAGGAAAUGGGUGUUAAACUUGGUCAUGAGGUUGGCUAUUCUGUCAGGUUUGAAGAUUGUACCUCUGAGAAGACUGUUCUAAAAUAUAUGACCGAUGGGAUGUUGUUGCGGGAAUUUCUCAGCGAACCUGAUUUAGCAAGCUAUAGUAUAAUCAUGGUGGACGAGGCACACGAGAGGACUCUUUCAACUGAUAUUUUGUUUGGCUUGGUAAAGGAUAUUGCACGCUUUCGGAAGGAUCUUAAGUUACUAAUCUCAAGUGCAACACUUGAUGCGGAGAAGUUCAGUGAUUUUUUUGAUUCAGCUCCUAUUUUCAAAAUUCCAGGGAGGCGAUAUCCUGUUGAUAUCCAUUACACAACGGCCCCUGAAGCAGAUUACAUUGAUGCCGCCAUUGUCGCUGUUCUUCAGAUACAUGUGACACAGCCUCCUGGCGAUAUUCUCGUAUUUCUUACUGGACAGGAAGAAAUUGAAACCAUUGAUGAGAUUCUGAAGCAUCGAAUAAGUGGUUUUGGAACAAAAAUUGCAGAACUUAUAAUAUGUCCAAUCUUCGCUAAUCUUCCAACGGAGCUUCAGGCAAAGAUCUUUGAACCUACACCAGAAGGCGCUCGUAAGGUUGUACUGGCAACUAACAUAGCUGAAACAUCCCUAACCAUUGAUGGGAUAAAAUAUGUUGUUGAUCCGGGAUUCUGCAAGAUAAAAUCAUAUAAUCCACGAACUGGUAUGGAAUCAUUGCUUAUAAAUCCAAUCUCAAAAGCCUCUGCAAUGCAAAGAGCUGGAAGGUCUGGGCGUACUGGACCUGGAAAAUGCUUUCGCUUGUACACCGCUUAUAAUUAUGAAAAUGAUCUUGAUGAAAACGCAGUUCCUGAGAUACAGAGGAGCAAUCUUGCAAAUGUUGUGCUUUCUCUCAAGAGCUUGGGCAUUCAUGAUUUGGUAAAUUUUGAUUUUAUGGAUCCUCCUCCUUCGGAGGCAAUGCUUAAGGCCCUCGAACAACUUUAUGCUCUUAAUGCAUUGAAUAGCCGUGGAGAGUUAACAAAAAUUGGGAGGAUGAUGGCGGAAUUUCCGCUCGAUCCGAUGCUUUCGAAAAUGAUUGUUGCUUCAGAUAAAUAUAAGUGCUCUGAUGAGAUCAUAUCAAUUGCUGCAAUGUUGUCGAUUGGGAAUUCGAUUUUCUAUCGUCCGAAGGAUAAACAAGUUCAUGCAGACAAUGCUAGGCUGAAUUUUCAUACUGGCAAUGUUGGGGACCAUAUUGCUUUGCUUAAUGUUUACAAUUCCUGGAAAGAAACAGACUUUUCAACGCAGUGGUGUUAUGAAAACUACAUCCAGUAUGAAACGGGCCAGAGAUAUUAGAGACCAGUUAGAGGGUCUCUUGGAAAAAGUUGAGAUUGAGGUUGUAUCAAAUCCGUCCAAUUUGGAUUCAAUCAAGAAAGCUAUA